AUUUGACAUUUGUAUUUUGAUUUUUGUGUACCCGAGGAAGUCUGAAAAGAAUUGACCAGAUUGAUUUAAUAUAUUUAAUAUUAAUAAGUAUUUUAACAUCUCACUUAUUUAAUUCAAAGUGAGAUUAUUGACUCAGUAAAUAUGGUUGAUAAAAUUGAUAUGGCCUUAGAUGAUAUUAUACAAGCUGGUAAAAAAGGCAGAGGUGGUGGAACUGGACGGAAAUUUGAAACGAAAAGAUCAAAUCGUGGUUUUCGGGGUAACAAUCGUAAUGGGGGCGUCUUGCGUGGCAGUAAUCGUGGCGGAGUAUCUAAGCCCACAAAUUAUAAAAGGGACAAACUAUUUCAGGGUGAUGUUAACAGCACAUGGAAACAUGAUAUGUUCAAUGAAUUUAGUGAUCAGAAGAUACAAAGAGGUGCACCAAUAACAACAGGACCUACAAAACUGCUUGUUUCUAAUUUAGACUUUGGAGUUUCUGACUCUGACAUACAAGAACUUUUUUCGGAGUUUGGCAUUUUAAAAAGUGCUGCUGUGCACUAUGACAGAUCUGGUAGAUCAUUGGGGACAGCUGAUGUACUAUUUGAUAGGAGAGCAGAUGCAUUAAAGGCAAUGAAACAGUACAAUGGUGUACCCCUUGAUGGUCGAGCAAUGAACAUACAGCUAGCUACAUCAGAAAUAAGCACAUUUAGAGCAGAACCCAGAAGUAGAUCUUUAGGUGGAGGUGGCCCUAUUAGAAGAAUGUCUGAUAAAAGAGGUGUGAAUGUCAGAAACUCAAAUGGAAGAGGAAGUGGGAGGCGUGGUGGGCGAGGAGGACGAGGCAUAGGAGGACCAAGAGGAAAGAAACCUGUCCCCACAGCUGAACAACUUGAUGCAGAGUUAGAUGCUUAUGUUAAAGAAAUAAAAUGAUGAUUACUAGUUCAAAUAGGUUUAGCUAAUAGGCAUCCUUUAGAAUAUAAUAUUUUUGUAAUAAUUAUCAAUGUGACAAUCGCCAAGUUGAAAAGAAUUAAAAUUUAAGUAAGAAAAUACAAGGUAUAUGGUAAAAUAAACUAAAAUUUAUUAAGUGAGUGAGUGUCAAUAGUAAAAUGUCUAAAUUUACAGAAAUAUACCAUAAGCACUAA